AUGCAUAAGGCAUAUUCUCUGAGAAGAACUAAAAAUGGAAUCUGGACCUCCCAGGAUGAUUACAUAUUGCCAAGAGCUAGUACCAAAUCCAAGUAUUUUGGAAGACACUCUAUAUCUUCAGCAUUCAGAAGAGGAACAGUAGGUAGUUUUGGACCUACACUUUCACGAAAACUUUCUCAGUUAGUGAAGACUGAAAAAAAUUUUUUGAGAGCAUAUGAAGUGGUUGCAAAUGAGAGAAAAGAUGCAGCAGCAUUUUUGUCUGACUGGGGAUGUGAAAAUGAGGAUGAUGUAUCAGAUGUAACAGAUAAAUUAAGUGUUUUAUUAUUCGAAUUAGGCGAACUUCAGAAUCAAUUUAUCGAUAAAUAUGAUCAAUACAGGCUUGCAUUGAAGAGUAUUCGAAAUAUUGAAACAUCUGUUCAACCAUCAAGAGAUAGAAAAGAAAAAUUGGCAGAUCAUGUAGCUAAUCUAAAAUAUAAAGAUCCAACAAAUAAAAAAAUUGCAGUCCUAGAACAAGAGUUAGUAAGAGCCGAAGCUGAUUCACUAGUUGCUGAAGCCCAGCUCUCAAAUAUCACUCGUGAAAAAUUGAAAACAACUUUUAAUUAUCAAUUUAAUUCUUUAAUAGAGCUAUCUGAAAAAUUUGCGUUAAUAGCAGGAUAUGGAAAUGCAUUACUUGAGCUACUAGAUGAUCAGCCAACAACUCCAGGUGAACAUCGUGCCUCUUAUAAUGGCUAUGAAGCCACUAGACAAAUUAUCAUGGAUGCCGAAGAAGCCAUGAGAAACUGGACAAUUGAGUAUGCAGUUGUAAAACCAAGAUUAUCAUUCUACCAAUCUGCCGAUGAUGUUUAUUUAGAUUUAUCUGAAGGGGAAAACAUUUCGAGUGCUGAGGAAGAAGAUGAAAACAAUUAUCUUUAUGGACUUAGAAAACAUGAGCAAAAAGCUGGUAACAAGCCUUACAAAAUGGUACCUGAUAGAGAAGAUUUAGAGGAGAACACUGAGGAAGAGGAAGUUGAUCAAGAUGAAGGUUAUGAUCAUGAAGAUGAGGAAGGUAUCAACCGUAAUGAUGAAGAUUACCAAGAUGCUGAAUCUAAUAUAUUUGAAUCAAAUGAUGAAUAUGAAAAUAACCAAUUCAACUCUAAUGAUACCAUUACAGAAUACUCUGAUGAAGAAGAAAUGAAACAAACUGAGACAAAUAAUGUGAUAUCUAAACAUGGAAUGCCAUUUGUACCGGAUGAUGAAGAGUUGACUAAUAAAAACACAACUUCUAGUAAUAAAAAGAUAAUUCAUCAACAACAGAAAAACGUCAAACAGUCUUCUAUCCACCAUCAUAAUAACAAUAAAUAUCCCCAGCAUACAGAGGGAAAAUAUCAUAGUUCAAGAAGUAAUAAUGAGCCUUUUGAUAUCAGCGAGAAUAAGGAUGGAAAACACAGUAGCAUGCUUACUAGAAAGGUAACUAAAGCAGAUGGAAGGAAUUUACAGUCUCAAAAUGUUACCGAUACAGUUGGGAAUAUAACAAAACAUGCACAAACUGCAAAAAAUAUAGUAGAUGAAAUAAAAACUAAUGAUAACCUUAUGGAGAGUGGUCAAAAGGUAUCACAAAAAGUUUCAAAGGAAGCUAUUGUAGCAGGAAAAUUUGGUAUAUGA